GAGUGAAUUUUCUGGAAGGCGACUUUAAAGGCGCCGGGCCAAAGCGGAGGAUAUCCCAGUGCCGCCGACGCUCGGGCCGGGUUGGGGUGCGCUAGUGGCAGGACGCGGGCUGCGCCGAAGUCGUCGCGGAACCAACUGGCGACUCCGCAGGAUGAACCACAAGAGCAAGAAGCGGAUCCGCGAGGCCAAGCGGAGUGCGCGGCCGGAGCUCAAGGACUCGCUGGACUGGACCCGGCACAACUACUACGAGAGCUUCUCGCUGAACCCGGCGGCCGUGGCGGAUAAUGUGGAAAGGGCAGACGCUUUACAGCUGUCCGUGGAAGAAUUUGUGGAGCGAUAUGAAAGACCUUACAAGCCUGUGGUUCUGCUGAAUGCCCAAGAGGGCUGGUCUGCUCAGGAGAAAUGGACUCUGGAGCGUCUGAAAAGGAAAUACCGGAACCAGAAGUUCAAGUGUGGUGAAGAUAACGACGGCUAUUCAGUGAAGAUGAAGAUGAAAUACUACAUUGAGUACAUGGAGAGUACUCGAGAUGACAGCCCCCUCUACAUCUUUGACAGCAGCUAUGGUGAACACCCCAAAAGAAGGAAGCUUUUGGAAGACUACAAGGUGCCCAAGUUUUUCACAGAUGACCUUUUCCAGUAUGCAGGGGAGAAGCGCAGGCCCCCUUACAGGUGGUUUGUGAUGGGACCACCACGCUCUGGAACUGGGAUUCACAUCGACCCUCUAGGGACCAGUGCCUGGAAUGCCUUAGUUCAGGGCCACAAGCGCUGGUGCUUAUUCCCUACAAGCACUCCCAGGGAACUCAUCAAGGUGACCCGAGAAGAAGGAGGGAACCAGCAAGAUGAAGCUAUUACCUGGUUUAAUGUUAUUUAUCCUCGGACACAGCUUCCAACCUGGCCACCUGAAUUUAAACCCCUGGAAAUUUUACAGAAACCAGGAGAGACUGUCUUUGUACCAGGAGGCUGGUGGCACGUUGUCCUCAAUCUUGAUACCACCAUUGCCAUCACCCAGAAUUUUGCCAGCAGCACCAACUUCCCUGUUGUAUGGCACAAGACGGUAAGAGGGAGACCAAAGUUAUCAAGGAAAUGGUAUAGGAUCUUGAAGCAAGAACACCCCGAGUUGGCAGUCCUGGCAGACUCAGUUGACCUUCAGGAGUCCACAGGGAUAGCAUCCGACAGCUCCAGUGACUCCUCCAGCUCCUCCAGUUCCAGCUCGUCGGACUCAGACUCAGAGUGUGAGUCAGGGUCUGAAGGUGACGGGACAGCACAUCGCAGGAAGAAGAGGAGGACGUGCAGCAUGAUGGGAAACGGGGACACCACCUCCCAGGACGACUGUGUGAGCAAAGAGCGCAGCUCCUCCAGGAUUAGGGACUCUUGUGGAGGCCGGGCUCACCCCUGAGCAAAUAAAGAGACUCUCCCUGAGGUGGCUCCCGUGUAAGCUGUUGGCGGCCCCCCACCUCAGUUCUCACGUCUUCUGCUCCUACCUUCUCCUUUGUCUUCUUUGAAUUUGGAUAUUCCUUCUCUGGUCCAAGCUCCUAUCUUCAGUCAAAUGCUGUUUUUACUGCUUACUAAGAAUAGAUUAUCAAGAAGUUUAAAAGCCCUGCCAGCUCAGUGAAACACUAAAGCUAACGUGAUAUUAGGUAAGAAGGUUCUGGGCUGUCUCGACGACGAGGCUGGAGAAGUGUGAUUCUUUUAACGUCUUACUGUGUCUGUUACCUCACUGAUGAUGGUAAGGAACUUCCGCUGUCUGCAGAACUGGCUGUGUUCAAGCAGAGAUGUUGAGAGUGCUGAGUGGACUUUGACCUGCAUGUGAGCCAGUUAUGUGUGAGAAGUACUGUGAGCAUGUGCUGUCCUCCUGUAUGUCACCAUUAGUCCAAAACGUAUUCAGUGGCAGUCACCCAGCCGGCGUGCCCAGCACCAGCACCCACCGCUCAGUACUGUCAUAUGAUUCCUUAUCUUUUCUCCAUAGUCAGAGGCUGAAAUUUCAGGUGUCUUUUUGUGUGGUAUAUUUUUGUGGGAGGAUGGGAGGUGACACAUUGUGGGGUUUUGUUUACAUACAGGGUGUGAAAGAUGUUCAGUGUGCUGUCAUCACAGAACUUAAAUUGUAAACAGGGCCAGGUUCUAACAGAUUGGUUCCACUCUUUCCCACAACGUGACCCAUAAGUGAGAAACUAUCACUUUGUAUGGUACUUUGUCAUUAGCGUUGCCCAUUUGUUUGGCCCCCAGACAUUAAGUUGGUGAGUUGUGUUAUAUGCAGGGGAUAAAUUCAGAGACGGUACUUCUAGUCUUUGGAAUCUGUUGAUUCUUCUAAAUAACUCUGGUAUGAAUAUUUGGGGAUUGACCAGUAGGUUCCAUCUGUUACCCUCUUGAUUCACCUGCUUGCCUUAGUCUGUCCCUAAAUUCAACUAAAUUUAAAUAGAGAAAGAGAGGAGUUGCCAAGGCCAUGCCCAGUCAGAAGCACUAUCUGUGUUGGAGUGUAAGUAAAGGUGUUAGCAGCCAGGUGGGAGAAGGAAUUCUCACAUAUGUGUUCCAGAGGAGAAGAGGAGUGUGUGGGGGCAUAUAGGAAUUGUAUGCUGUUGCCUCUCAAAAUAUCCCUUAAACAAGUAUAAUCAGGGGAAUGAAGAUCUCUGCCAAGUGUUAUUAGCAUUUCCUGACUCUGGGUCAUGUGGCUUUACUCUAGAAGGCUGGUCCUCUAUUUUGUCUUAGUUCGGUUUUCUGCAUCUUAAAAUGCCAACCCAAAUAUGUGUGGCUGGGUUGGUAGGAGAACUUCUGUGCCUUCCUCAGAGUUGGCACCCUUCACUCUGCCUGCUGUGUGGUGAGCUGCUGUCCCUCCUCCUUCCCGCAGGGCUCAGGCAGCAGCUCCUUUUGUAGUAAUAUCCGUAUGGUGUUCCUCCUUCUGCUUUUUAAAAGACUUUUCUUGCCAUCUGCAGAAGCUUUUUUCUUUUCCCCAGUAUUGCUACUAGGCUGUCACACUUGCCCUUUUUCCUUACCUUCCUCUCAAUUUCAUACCAACUGCUCCUCUCUAAAUUUCAGGGUUUUUUUUUUUUUUUUUAAAGGUUUUGUGCCACCAGGGUGCAUGGUGGGACACAUCGACAGUGGCCUGAAAGGUGGAGCAGAAAUUUGAAUUUGAAAGAUUAGCUACCCAAUUUUCCUUCUCCAGAUCUAAAGGUGAUUCCUGACUGAUAAACAAUAUCCAGAAGUGAGGGAUCUUGCCCAUCUCACAGGCCCCACAGUCAUCUUCCCUGAAAGCAUGUGGACAGCACAGAUUAUGUACUACUGAUUGGUUCUUGCCACCCCAUAAAUAACUGUGGAACAUGAGACAUGCUUUAUUUUAGCCAGGCCAGAAUUCAACAGGAUUCAACAACCUGUGCUCCCCCCACCCCCCACAUUGGGCCAGUCAAGCCCUCCAUUAUGGAAACAAAGCAAGGACAAGAUGGGAAACCAUGUGAUAGAGGAGUGAAGUGGUCACGAGAUGAUCAGGGUGGGUUAGGAAGUGGGGACCAAAGAUCCACCUGUUCAAAAGUGAACACUUCUUCCCACUUGGCCUGAGCUGCUCCUUUGAAUGGUGUCAACAAUAGUAAAAUGAUGGAUGCAACAUUAGACUGUUUUCAGGCAUUCUCCAAGACAGCUGUUUUUGUUGUGGGUUGUUUUUUUUUUUUUUUUUUUUUUGUGGCUGGCCACAGGGAUCAAACCCUAGACUUUGGUAUUAUCAGUACCACGCUCUAACCAACUGAGCUAACCAGCCUGCCCAACAGCUAACCUUUAACCAAAGGGCUGGGUCCUGGAAGAAGGGAUCUUGGACUAGUAACUGAUGGGGAGGAGCACGGUGGGAGAGACGUGAGUAGGGGGCCCAGGACAUCCAGAGGGCCCUAGGUCCCUGGGAGUGAGGCUUCAAAUCAGCCCGAAGAACCCAGUGGUGCACACAGUUGCCUCUGGAGUCAUUGGUAGUCCUGGGAUGUUUAGGGUGACACCCUUGUGUCACUGAAAGCCAGGACGUUAUUCACUUUGUGCUCUAUUCUUACAGCUGCCCAUUUCUUAAUAACUCAAGUGUUCAACAAAUGGUUGAGUGCCGGCACUGUUCUAGGUGCUGGAGAUGCAGCACUGACCUCAUGGAGCUUAAUGGACAGUGAAUGUGCUGUUGUGCACAAGGGCCACUGGUCAGGGCAGGUGGACCUGUUCGUGCACACUUCCACAACUAGAAAAGCAAGUACAAUUCUUAUUAAAGGCGGACUUAUUAGAUCUUCAUGAAAGAACAUAAUUAACAUUGUAGCCGUACAACUAAAUCAGUACAUGGCUUCUUUAUUAUAAAGUAACUAGUAGGGGGCCGGCUUGUGGCUCACUUGGGACAGUGUGGUGCUGAUAACACCAAGGCCGCGGGUUCAGAUCCCUAUAUAGGGAUGGCCAGUUAGCUCACUUGGGAGAGCGUGGUGCUGACAACAAGUCAAGGGUUAAGAUCCCCUUACCCGUCAUCUUUAAAAAAAAAAAAAAAAAAAGUAGCUAGAGGUAUUUAAACUAAGGAUCAGUGGUCAAGUUCCUGGUGCAAAUGCUUUACAAACUUACUAGAGGCUCAGUCUUGGAUUUAGGACUUUAGGCAGUAGUAUGGGAUGGAACAGGAAUUUGCAGUAAAUUUUUUUAAUAAGUGCUGCCUAGGAGGUAGGCUUAAAAGGAGCAGCUGUAGGUUCUUUAGAUUGUGUGUUUCCCCAAAUGCAUUGUUGUUGAUGUGUGUACUGAUUCUGGAGAUGGAUUCAAAGUUGUUUCUCCUUACUGCCCCUUCCCCAACUGGCUUUUGUCAAAAUGUUACAUUGAUGUUACAUUGUAUGCAGCAAAGCUAGAUGAUCACUGCCCCUAGGUGGUGCUCUCAACUUUGCCUCAUUGUUAGUUCAAAAACUUGAAUCAUCCAGCCCCCAUGCAUCUCCCUGGAGGAGAACUAGCCCUGGCCUGCUGUCUCCAUGGUGACUGGUCACUACAGAAGAAAUGGGACUGUCUCCUGAGCUACCUGUGCCUCCUGUGGUUGUCAAAUAGAACCCUCUGAACAGUCUCCUAGUUCUGCAUCCAUCUUGCCAUGGGGUCUGCCACAAAAUGCCUGUGGGUCUGCCAUUGGAUUGGUAUUUUUAACUUUCACUUGGAUGAAAUUUGUUCAUCAUUUUAAAUAAAGCAACUUGAUUUGGA